CUCGCGGAACUUUCGUGCGAAAAUCGUUCAUGCUUGGAACUUUUUUGCCAACUUGUCUCGCUAAUUGUGAUUAUACUGUGCGUGCCCAGCGGAGUUCCUAAAGUUCCUGGAUAUUACUAUAACUGAAAAAGCUGGGGAGCAUGGAGACCGUCGUUCAAUAUUUACUCCUGGCUCUUGCAUUGACCUCGGUGCAAAUAUCCUUAACUGAAAGCCGUCUAAAUGAAAAACGCAGGGAUAAAACCGAAAGAAGAUAUCACACUGUACAUGCCAAAGACAAUAUGUGUGAAAUAACAAAUAGAGACUCAAAAGUGCAUUGCUAUUGUGAAAACACAGAAGUGAAAACAGCAACACGAGCUGACUGUUGGGUUUUCAAUGGCGGCAUCGAUGAAACUGACCCUAUCUGGUCUAGUUUUACUUCACAACCGCAUUUAGAAAAAUUGACAUUCAAUGUACGGUCAGAUGGGGCGCUCAAAUUUAUUCCCCUUCAAGUAAUUCAUCAUAUGAAAAGAUUGCAAAAGCUGUUCAUUCAUUACGCGACGCUGAAUAAAAUCGAAAAGAAGACCUUUACAAAUAUGUCAACGGUCAGAGAAAUAACGUUAAUGAACGAUAAAAUAAUGGAACUGGAUUUAUUCUCAUUUUCAAACCUGCCCGCGCUCGUAAACUUAACAAUAAAGGGGAACAAAGUUACUGAGAUACAGAGGGAUGUUUUCGUCGAUUUGCCGAGUCUGAGGUUCCUCGAUUUGUCCUUUAACAGCAUUAGUCUGGCUCACGAUGGAUGUUUCGACCAUUUAAAUGUACUUAACGACUUAGUACUGGAGGCAAAUUUAAUUUCGGUCUUAACUAGAGAUACCUUUAAAGGUCUUGCAAAUUUGACGAGAUUGGAUCUGAGGUCGAACAAAUUGUCAAUGGUUGGGGAUCUAACGUUCUCAGAAUUGUGGAAUCUAAAUGAGCUUCUAUUGGAUAAUAAUGAAAUAACAUAUUUGUCUGAAAGAGCUUUCGACGGUCUGGCUUUGCUUCAAAAACUAUCGGUUACUGGAAAUAAAUUGCAGUCUGUCAAUGAAGGACUUUUAGAAGGUGUCCGAGGACUAGAAUUGUUGGACUUAAGAAAUAAUGAUAUAGAAUCAUUCUCUUACGAGACUAUUAAGCCAAUCCAUGAAAACUUAAAAAUGAAAACCUCAGUGUUAUAUUUAAGUGGUAAUAAACUUAACUGCGAUUGCCGUUUAUCUUGGAUUCAAGUCUUGCGAAACGAUACAAAGAGUGAACCACUCAGAAUGGCUCUCGAUGAAGUGACUUGUAUUCUUACUGCCAACACAAUAAAUAAAAAGCCAAAUAGUGAAAACGAAAAUAUUCCUGUUGAAGAAAAGGUGUAUGAACUUGAGUCAAAUGGAGAAGUUUUCCAAAAGGAUGGGAAUGAUGAAGAAGUGUACAGCGAUUCUCCGUCUUAUAAAUAUGAAGAUACAAUGAAACCAAUUGGAAAUCAAGUAGCAGUGGUUGACAUUCCAGCUGAAAAUUUACGUUGCACAGAAGAAGUAGUACAAAAUGGUGAAGAUUCUUUGAUGUUAUCUUCUAAAGACGAAAGUUACUGGCAACCAAGCUCAAGUUUUAAAAUUCUGACAAAUUUAUCUUUAGUGCUUACAUUAGUGAUGGUAAAUUUAUUUCAAUAUUAUUUGUAAAACAUGGAC